UUGAUCCUUGCCUGUGAUGCAGGAGCUGACAAUGCCAUCGAUCUUUGACAUGAAGCGGUGGCACUAGUGGCAUCAGGAAAGGCCAGGGACGUUGUCAAGCAGCAGGGGGAGAGGAGCCAGCUGGCCAGCCCAACAUGGCUUCCAUUGGGGACAUCAUCUUCUGGAGUAUGAUUGUCCUCAUCGGCGUGAUGAGUGGGCUCAUCAUUCUGCUUCUGGCCAUAGCCUUUUCAGGUGGCCAGAGCUUCCUGAGGACUGCUCGGCGAGCCACGGUAGGGAACCUGGGCCAGGACGCCAUCUUGGACUGCAGCUUCACCCCAAAGACAGGCACCCAGAGCAGCACCGCCGGCGUCUCCGUCACCUGGGAGAAGGAGGGUCUGACUUCGGUGGUGUACCGGUACCAGAACCAAGCUCCCGACUUGGCGGACCAGAAUCCGGCUUACAAGGACAGGGCCCAGAUCUUCCCCGACCUUCUGGGUGGCGGGAACGCCUCUCUGCGCCUGCAGAGGGUGAGGCGGCAGGACGAGGGGGUGUACAAGUGCAGCGUGAGUGCCCCUAGUGGUCACGGGUCCAUCAACAUCCAUCUCUGGGUGGCAGCAUAUUCUGCUCCCACGUUCAAACUGGAGCAGCCAGGUAACCUGCUAUCAGCCGAGGCUGCGAGGUGGUACCCUAAGCCCAACGUGACCUGGGAGGAUGUGUCUGGACACCCCCUGGACGCCAGCACCGAGCUCCUCAACAACUCAGCCGGGAUCUUCAGAGUGACGAGCCGACUGCAGGAAGCGGCCCGCCAAGACGAAACCUACACCCUCGUUAUCAGGAACCAUCUCGUUAGCGCCAUUGCCGAGGCAACCCUGACAGGGGGCUCUAACUUGUCAGUGAGGACAGACUUCACCUUCAACGCUGCAGCUCCCAGGAUGCUGUCAUCAUGGCUUGUCCCAGUGCUGCUUUUGCUUUGCCUGUUGCUACCGAAGAUAUCAACAGUUCCAUGGUUCCUAGCUCCCAGCCAUCAGACCAGAACCGAAAACGCCUUUCGGACUAAUCCUUUUGGACUGACUGAGCGUUAAUCAUUAGCCUACAUUCAUCAUACAUAAUGUCAAAUGUGCUUGUAAUUUUGUGAUCAAUGUCAAGAAAUGUAUAUGUUUAUUUGAAAGAUGAAAGUAAAA